CCCAAGCCUGGUAAACAGGCACUGCGCAUGCUGGUCGAGCUAUUUACUUAUGCAAAGCCAUUAUAUUUUCUUAUGACAUAUUUGAGAAAGUUUGAACACAAUCGCAAAGCGGUUUCCUUGUCAAUAUGAGACCGUGUCUCCUUGCAGUAGUACUGCCUAUCCUUAUCAGUAUUAGAGGCUGCGCGACCAAAGAUUACUUGCGGGUAUGUUACCAUACCAACUGGUCUCAAUAUCGGCCUGGGCAGGGAAAGUUCUUGCCGGAGGACAUUCCAUAUGAUUUAUGUACCCACAUUGUAUAUGCCUUCGCCAAGGUUUACAACCACGAUCUGCUGGCCUACGAGUGGAAUGAUGACUCCACCGAUUGGAUGGAAGGGAUGUACGAAAGAACUAUGGCUGUGAGGCAGCAGAACCCCAGCGUCAAAGUUUUGCUUGCCAUAGGAGGUUGGAACCAUGGUACAGAAGAGUUCGUCAGAACUGUUGCGACGGAAAGCAACAUGCGUAUGUUUGCGAAUAACUCAAUCUCAUUUAUGAGAAAACGAAACUUCGAUGGCCUUGACCUUGACUGGGAGUACCCGGGGUCACGUGGAAGUCCGCCAGAAGAUAAACAGCGUUUUACGUCAUUAGCUAGGAUUUUGAAAGAAGAAUUUGACAAGGAGGCAAGUUCUUCAGGAAAGGAACCUUUCAUGCUCACUGCUGCGGUUGCUGCUGGUAAAAACACAACAGAAAAUGGAUAUGAAAUUGAUCAAAUCGCUAUUUAUCUGGACUACAUCUUCCUGAUGGCCUACGAUCUUCAAGGGGCAUGGGAUGAUUAUAUCGGGCACCACAGCCCGCUCUACUCUCGGGCUGGAGAGACAGACGACCGUUUGCUCCUUAAUCAGAACUGGGCGGUUAACAACUGGCUGUCGCAAGGUACACCUAAAAAUAAAUUGGUGUUGGGAAUUGGAACUUACGGGAGAGCCUUCACGACAGACUACACGGAAAUGGGAGACCCAGUGAAGGGAGCAGCUUCUGCCGGGGCAUUCACAAGAGAGGCUGGGUUCCUCUCCUAUUACGAGGUGUGUGACAAUAUCAGGAACAAUAAUUGGACGCGGGCGUUUCACCUCGAACAUAUGGUGCCUUACGCCUUCAAUGGGCAUCAGUGGGUCGGCUAUGAUGACGUAGAGAGCGUCAAGAUCAAGACGGAUUAUAUCAAAGCUAAGGACCUGGCUGGGUCCAUGAUCUGGGCUAUUGAUUUGGAUGAUUUUGAUGGAACAUUUUGUGGUCAGGGAAAAUAUCCCUUGCUAACGGCGAUAAAAGAUAAUCUACCAUCAGGUGUAAUCCCUGAUGUGCCAACACAAAUACCAACCCAGACUGCCUCACAAGCAUCAACAUCUACCAAGGCUCCUUCACUAACAACGCUGGCUACCCAGGCACCUCCAAUAACAUCAGCGCCUACCCAGGCACCUCCAGUAACAUCAGGACCUACCCAGGCACCUCCUCCAGUAACAUCAGCGCCUACCCAGGCACCUCCUAUACCCUGUGAUGCACAGAUCAGUUGCCCGACUGCACACUAUAAGGUUCACCCCUGUAACAGCAACAAGUACAUUGUCUGUGAUCAUAAUAGUGCCUUAGAGAUGUCCUGUCCAAACGGACUUGUAUGGGACGAUGGACCACCGACGUGCGUCUUGCCUAGUAUUGAUCCGGCUCAAAUAACAACCCAUACACUUGCGUACACAUCCACGUCCAAUCCAGGAAGCCAACAACUGUGUGGUGAGCCUAGGAGCUGUCCUUUGGGAAAGUUCAUUGAAGACCCUUGUGACCAGGGAUGUUACUACCAGUGUGUAUUUAACAGAGGAGUAAGGCACUGCUGUCAUCCAGGACUUCAGUGGGACACGACCAUCAACACAUGUAGGUUCUAACUUUACCUGUAGGGCCUACUGUUACACGCAGCCCUACUAGUAUGUGCAUCUUACAUUGUAAUAAAGCUAAUGCUUCAGUUGACUGUU